GAAAAGGUACCGAAAUGUUUGCAGUGUUGCUAUUAUCCGAAGCCCAUGAACGUAGAAAUAGAAUGCGAAUUCAACGUCGUAAUCUUCGCGAUACGACAAACCCGUUUGAAAUGCCUGAAGAACGGUUUAGGGAACUCUUUCGGCUCACUCGUGAUGCAGCACAGAUUCUUUUAACAGAAAUGAGUCCUCACAUGCAUCAAGGACAAAGAAAAACUUUCAUCCCGAUACCCAUCCGUCUUUGUGCCGCCUUGCACUUUUACGCAUCGGGAUCGUACCAACGAGACAUCGGCCAAGAUUUUUCGGCAGCCAUGAGCCGAACUAUGAUAUCACGAAUUGUUGGUGAAGUUUCGCUUAUUUUGCAGAAUAAAUUUUCAGGAAAAUGGAUUAAAUUUCCUAGAGAAGAUGAAUAUGAUUCCAUAAAACAAAGAUUUUUUGAGGCGACGGGUUUUCCUGGGGUGAUUGGAGCAAUUGACUGUACACACGUCAAGAUUCAAAAACCCAAUAUGGAAGUGGAGGCUUGUUACCUCAACCGAAAAGGGUACCAUUCAAAGAAUGUGCAACUGAUUUGUGACUUCAAUCUCCAAAUACUAGGGGUCUACGCACGAUUUGGAGGUGCAUCACAUGAUUCCUUUAUAUGGGAAGCAUCUUCGAUAAAAACCUUACUUGAACAGCGGUGUGAAAUUAAUGGAGUUGCAGAACAGAGCUCUUGGUUGUUAGGUGACUCUGGCUAUCCCUUGCGUCCCUGGCUUAUGACUCCUUAUCGCUCUUCUACAGAUGCUAACGAAAGAGCAUUUAAUACAAUCCACGCAAAAACAAGAAAUUGUAUAGAACGGCUCAAUGGAGUCCUAAAGUCCGUUUUCCGGUGCCUUAAAAUAGGAUUAUUUUAUUCCCCUGCAGCUGCAGGGAGGAUAAUAAACGCUUGUUGUGUCCUUCACAACUUUCGCAUUAAACACGGAAUUUAUGACGAUAUCCCAAUUGAAGAAUUAAAUAAUGACGAUGAAAACAUAUACCAUCCUCCUGAAAACAAUUCUGUUCACCAUCGUGCAGCCUUAAGAAUUCGCGACCGGCUUAAGACAAAUAUCUUAAGAUAAGACAAAAACCAUUGUA